AUGUCGUCCCUUCCGCUCCCUAGCCACGCCAAACUCUCCGCCACCGGCGCCUCCGCGUGCCUCCCCCGCCCGCGUGACCGUCACCUCCUAGUUCGCGGUUGGUCCGCCGCCACCGUCGCCGCCGCUACGCCUCUCGUGGCCUCGUCCUCCUCCUCGGGCCCCGCCUGCUGCCAUCACUACUCCGUGGCUACCGCCCCCUCCCUGCGCGCCUCCUCCGCCUCCCCAAGGCGCCGGGGCCUCGACGCCCUCACCGUCACUGCUUCCGCGGUUGCAGUAUCUGUGUGCUUGAUAUUCUUUUCGGCGACUCGCUCCAUGCUGGCAUGUAAGAGAGAUGCAGAGUUUCUCGAGAAGUACUUUGAUUCAGCAAGAGAGAAACUAGCAGAAACUAUGGCUUCAGUGAGAUUGGUUGGAAGGGAUGUCGGUGAUUUGGCUGCAGAUCUUAGUGAUCUAAGUCAAGAAUUGACAAAGGGUGUAAAAAGUUCCAUGAGCAUUGUUCACACGGCCGAGGCACAACUUCGCCAGUCGCCAUCCUCUGCCCUGCCAGGUGAACUCCAGUUUGAUGCCAAUAACUUACGAAAUAACCCACGCAAUUAUAACCUGAUUUUACUAGGACCUGCACGGAGAAUGUCUAAUCAGAAGAACGUGGCAGAGGAGCCGUUGCUGGCUAGUACUGUACGAGAUCUGCGUCAGUUGAUUGCAGAUAUCCGGACAGGGUUUGGAGCAGCGGCUGGCAUUGCCGGCCUUUCCAUGUGGGCGUUGAAAUUUGGCUCAAAGGGCCGCAAGAAUCGCUCAUAG